CGGUUGGGCAAUUGACUGUCGACAAACACGACUCUAGUCUGGGACGUUUAAAUAAGUAACAAAUGGCCUCCAAAACCUUAAGAAAUGCUUUAAUAGACACGCUGAAGCGCCUGAGCAAGAGCGACUUAAGGGUCUUUUGCAUCCAGAUGGUGGACUACGGACCACAGCCGUGGACUGAUGUCCGUGCUUUGAGGAGUCGCGACCCAACAGAGAUCGCAAACCUCAUGGUGUCAAACUUCACCGAGCUCGGUGCUCUGUCAGUUGCUGUAGAUAGGUUGACUCGGGUGGGCUUCAAGGACGAGGCAGACAGACUAAAGUCAGGUCCUACCUCAGAGGAGCACUUCGUGGAUAAAAAUAAAGAUUAUCUGAUCCACGACCUGAGAAACGUUGAACACAUUUUGGAUGAGCUCCUUAACAAGGGAGUUAUUCAACAGGAAAGUUAUGAUAAAAUCAGCGCUCUAUCGACCUCGGAGGAGAAGAUAAAGGAGCUCAUUGAUGGUCAUCUGAAAACUGUUGGGAGCAAAGACAUCUUCCACGACAUCGCCAUGGAGAAUCGGACAAUACGUCAUCAAGGUUCAUAUUCAAGAAUCAGACCGCAAGAAUCAAUAUCUGUGCUGUUGGGAAGUGAUGACGACCGAUACAUCAAGACAGUUCAGAUGUUUGGGAAAAUGCAUGUAUUUACAGCAGGAGUCUGGAUUCAACUUGAGCCUGAAGUGAACUGCGUGGAUUCAGAGGAUGCUCCAAUUUACAGCCUACAGUCUGAAGCAGGUCACUUUGAAUGCAGUGUCUCUGGCUUGCGCUGGGUCUGUAAGGAAAAGGUCAGCUUCAAGUACCAGUUUGGCUCCUGGGAGGAGCACAUGGAGAGAAUGGAAACCAUGCAUUACAUCCCUGGAGGUCCCUUACUGGACAUUACAGUCGUUGCUGGAAAAUGAGAUGAAGCGCAUCUGCCACACUGGAUUUGCACAAAAGACAACCCUACUAUUUUGAUAAAGUUUACAGUUCUCCACAUAGAUAGCUGUGGAGACGUUGUGGAACCAGUGUCUGAAGUCACCCCAUCACAUGUCAAGCUGUCCCAGCCAGUUUUUUCCCCAUGAGGAGUCCUGAUGAGAGCCGGCUUCCCCGUGAAAAUGAACUGUAAAGUGUUAAUAUACAAGACCAACAAAGCAUUCCUCACACUGCAUGUUUAUCUGAUCCCUCGGGAUCCUGCUCUACAACAGGUUAUUGCUGUCAUCAUGUUGAUUCAAAUUCAAUGUUCCUGACUGCAACCUUGAAUUCUUUGUCCAGAGGACUUCUUUUUUCCCCCCACAGACAAUAAAAAACAAGGAAUUAUCCAGUGGAUACAAAAUGAUAGAAAAGCCAUACCCAGUGAAUUCCCUGAAAAUGCGCGAUCGUUUCAUCCUCACAGCCGAUAUGGACACUGCAGAAAUUUACCCUGAGAAGUUGAAGCUCGUAUAUGAAGGCAGUGACCCAAACUUCUUCGAAGUUUUCAGAAAGUCCAGACAGUCAAAUCCAGCUCACACUGACACAUGAGUCUGGACCAGUGUGGACCUGUGCCAUUCGAAAAGAUGACUAUCAAAACACUGCUGGUGAUAUUUAGGUGAUGUAUGGUAAGACACUGAAGAUGAGUUAUUAGAAGAACGACACUUUUUUAAAGUGUGAUAAGAUCUGCCGUAGAUCUUUCACAUGCCCAUUGAACAUCUCGGUAGUCUGGUGUGGUUGUUAUGACUGAUAUGUUUUAAAAUGCAGUUAAAUGGUUUAAAACCAAUAACAUUAAUACAGUAAUAGCUUAUGGUGUGCUUCACUGAAUCUUGAGAUUGUAAAUAAAUGGUAAGAUUAAGGAUUCAUUUCCACACGGGCAACACUAGUAUCACAGUGUAACUAAACUUUUUAGUGUCUGCAUCAUGAACCACCUUAAAAGUCCAAAAUCUGAGUUGUUUCAUUCUUUCCCACGUUACUCUUUUAGAGGAGGAGCUUGCCAAAGUGAGGUGUAAACUUGUGGAGACAGUGUC